AUGGAUGCUUCCGUACGAGACAAGGUGAUGGAAGACCCAGGUGGAAGAGUUCCCUCAGCACUCGAUAGUCUUUCGGAGGACGUCGAUCGAUGCGAUUGCCCGGCACUACAUGGGAAAAAUAGCUUAUUUAUGGAUCCACGUUGGGGGGAUGUGAUUGCAUUGGCUCGAGUAUAUCGAUGUGAUUGCCAAGUGAUCAUAAGUUUGUGGGUCAUCGGAAAACCGUCUCUUUUAUCCACUUCGAACAAGCUUUGGAAAAAUCCCAACAAUAGCCUGCCUCACCGCUUCCUGGGCCGAGUCCCUGGGAUGUCGGAGGCCCGCUAUCCUGGUAAUUGCCCCAUCGGUGCAGCAGCGCAUGGGCCGAAUUUCGCAACGGUCCUCCCGAUCUUCUGGGCGAAGGCACACUCUCGCCACAGAUGUCCCAUCCCCCGCCCCUCCGCGUCCAAAUCGAUGACACUCGCACAAUAUCCCGAAGCACCUGACGGGUUCGUGGAAGCCUAG